UAUGACGGGAAGAACAUGGCGUUGUUUGAGGAGGAGAUGGACACCAGCCCCAUGGUCUCCUCCCUGCUCAGCGGCCUGGCCAAUUACACAAACCUGCCCCAGGGCAGCCGGGAACACGAGGAGGCGGAGAACAACGACGGGGCGAAGAAGAAGCCUGUCAAGGCCCCCCGGAUGGGCACCUUCAUGGGCGUCUACCUGCCCUGCCUGCAGAACAUCUUUGGCGUGAUCCUCUUCCUCCGGCUCACCUGGGUGGUGGGCAUCUCUGGCAUCAUGGAGUCCUUCUGCAUGGUCUUCCUCUGCUGCUCGUGUACCAUGCUGACGGCCAUCUCCAUGAGCGCCAUCGCAACCAACGGAGUAGUGCCAGCCGGCGGCUCCUACUACAUGAUCUCGCGUUCGCUGGGCCCAGAGUUCGGAGGGGCCGUUGGACUGUGCUUUUACCUGGGCACCACUUUUGCAGGGGCCAUGUACAUCCUGGGCACCAUAGAGAUUCUGUUGGCUUACAUCUUCCCCCCCAUGGCCAUCUUCAAGGCGGAGGACGCCAGCGGGGAAGCAGCAGCCAUGCUGAACAACAUGAGGGUCUACGGGACGUGCGUCCUCACCUUCAUGGCCACCGUGGUCUUCGUGGGCGUCAAGUAUGUCAACAAGUUUGCCCUGGUCUUCCUGGGCUGCGUCAUCCUCUCGAUCCUGGCCAUCUACGCGGGCGUCAUCAAGUCUGCCUUUGAUCCGCCCACUUUUCCGAUCUGCCUCUUGGGGAACCGGACUCUAUCCCGCCAUGGCUUUGACGUGUGUGCCAAGGUGGUCCAAGUGGGCAAUGAGACGAUCGGCUCCGAGCUGUGGGCACUCUUUUGCUCCUCACGCUUCCUUAAUGCCUCCUGCGAUGAGUAUUUCGCCCAGAAUAAUGUCACUGAGAUCCAGGGCAUUCCUGGAGCAGCUUCUGGUCUCAUCCAAGAAAACCUCUGGAGCUCCUACUUGCCGAAAGGGAUAGUUAUUGAGCGGGCCGGGAUGAGCUCUGUGCCCCCCUCCGAGUUGAUCCUGGACAUGGACCAGCCCUACGUCUUCAGCGACAUGACCUCCUACUUCACCCUCCUGGUCGGCAUCUACUUCCCUUCAGUGACUGGGAUCAUGGCUGGCUCCAACCGGUCUGGGGAUCUCCGGGAUGCCCAGAAGUCGAUCCCCACUGGCACCAUCCUUGCCAUUGCCACCACCUCAGCCGUCUACAUCAGCUCUGUGAUCCUCUUCGGCGCCUGCAUUGAGGGCGUGGUGCUCCGAGAUAAGUUUGGUGAGGCGGUCAGUGGGAACCUGGUCGUGGGCACCCUGGCCUGGCCCUCCCCCUGGGUGAUUGUCUUCGGCUCCUUCUUCUCCACCUGUGGAGCUGGGCUGCAGAGCCUCACUGGGGCCCCUCGCCUGCUGCAGGCCAUCUCCCGGGACGGCAUCGUGCCUUUCCUUCGGGUCUUUGGCCAUGGCAAGGCGAACGGGGAGCCCACCUGGGCCCUCCUGCUGACGGCCUGCAUCUGCGAGAUUGGGAUCCUCAUUGCCUCCCUGGACGAGGUGGCCCCCAUCCUCUCCAUGUUCUUCCUGAUGUGCUACAUGUUUGUCAACCUGGCCUGUGCGGUGCAGACACUGCUGAGGACCCCCAACUGGCGCCCACGCUUUCGCUACUACCACUGGACCCUCUCUUUCUUGGGGAUGAGCCUCUGCCUGGCGCUGAUGUUCAUCUGCUCCUGGUACUAUGCCCUGGUGGCCAUGCUGAUCGCAGGGCUCAUCUACAAGUACAUCGAGUACCGAGGGGCAGAGAAGGAGUGGGGUGAUGGGAUCCGGGGGCUCUCUCUCAGCGCAGCCCGUUACGCGCUUCUGCGGCUGGAGGAAGGGCCGCCCCACACAAAGAACUGGAGGCCGCAGCUGCUGGUGCUUGUCCGUGUGGAUCAGGACCAGAACGUCGUUCACCCGCAGCUGCUGUCCUUCACCAAUCAGCUCAAGGCGGGCAAGGGACUGACCAUUGUGGGCUCCGUGCUGGAGGGCACCUUCCUGGACAACCACCUGCAGGUCCAGCGUGCCGAGGAGUCCAUCCGACGGCUGAUGGAGGCAGAGAAGGUGAAGGGCUUCUGCCAAGUGGUGACCUCUUGCAACGUGCGGGAUGGCAUGUCGCACCUCAUCCAGUCCAGUGGCCUCGGAGGCCUGCAGCACAAUGCCGUGCUGGUCGGCUGGCCGCGCAACUGGCGCCGCAAGGAGGAUCACCAGACCUGGAGGAACUUCAUUGAGUUGGUGCGAGAGACCACAGCUGGCCACAUGGCACUGCUGGUGGCCAAGAACGUGGCCAUGUUUCCGGCCAACACAGAGCGCUUUUCAGAAGGCCACAUUGACGUCUGGUGGAUCGUGCACGAUGGAGGGAUGCUGAUGCUCCUCCCCUUCCUACUGCGCCAGCACAAGGUCUGGCGCAAGUGCAAGAUGCGCAUCUUCACGGUGGCCCAGAUGGACGACAACAGCAUUCAGAUGAAGAAGGACCUGACAACCUUCCUGUACCAUCUGCGCAUCACUGCAGAAGUCGAAGUGGUGGAGAUGCAUGAGAGCGACAUCUCUGCCUACACCUACGAGAAGACGCUGGUGAUGGAGCAAAGGUCCCUGAUCCUCAAGCAGAUGCACCUGACCAAGACUGAGCGGGAACGCGAGAUCCAGAGCAUCACGGAUGAAUCACGCGGCUCCAUCCGGCGCAAAAACCCCACCAACACCCACCUGCGCCUCAGUGUCCCAGACGAGCAGGUGGGCGACAGCGAGGAGAAGCCCGAAGAAGAGGUGCAGCUGAUCCACGACAAGAACGCCACCACCUUCUCAAGCAGCUCCCAGUCUCCGGGGGAUGAGCCCGAGGCAGAGGCCGCCCCUGAGAAGGUGCACCUGACCUGGACCAAGGACAAGGCGGCUGAGAAGAACAAGGCGAAGAGCCCCGUCAGCUCCGAAAGCAUCAAGGACUUCUUCAGCAUGAAGCCGGAAUGGGAGAGUCUGAAUCAGUCCAACGUGAGGCGGAUGCACACGGCCGUCCGGCUGAACGACGCAAUUGUGAGGAAGUCACAGGAUGCGAAGCUGGUGCUGCUCAACAUGCCGGGCCCCCCCCGGAACCGCAAGGGGGAUGAGAACUAUAUGGAGUUCCUGGAGGUGCUGACCGAGCAUCUGGACAGAGUCCUCCUGGUUCGCGGGGGUGGCCGGGAGGUCAUCACCAUCUAUUCCUGAGCAGCUGGCGGAGGCCCUUCCUUGCCCAAAGGUUUGUGCCCCCGAGAGUCUUGCCCACCCCCUCGCACCCACCACCCCCGAAUCGCAGCGAACCCCAAGUCGACCUCCAUCUCGGACUGACACUCGGGGUGGGAGGAUGAAGCCCCACCUGCAGCUCAGCAGGGCUUCCGGAUCCGCUCGGGGGGCAGAGGCUCGGCCGUGCUGUGCCCUCACCCCCUGCCAGCCUGCUUUUCUACUGCUGCCUUGGGCCAGAUGGACUCUCCCCAUGGACUCGCCCAGCUUCUGGAUGGGGAGAGGGUGCCAGCCAAGGUCACCAGCAUGCUUUCCUUGCCAACGCUGGCCUCUCCCCCCCACACACACCUUCUGUGCCAGGCCAGGGCUCAGGGCCCUCCCCUCUGUUUGGACUUGAUGCAUGGGGGGCUCUUCGGGGCAAGGAAAUCCUGGGGGAUGACCUAAGCUGGGAUACACCUUCCCCCCCCCUCGUGCAGUCUAGGAUUGGGGGGACAGAGCUCAGCUCCCUCUUUUCCCAGGUGAGCUGGGAGCCCUCGGCACCCACUGAGGCCAGCUGAAGCAUUGCUGAGCCCACCGAGUCCUCUCCUGGCCUGACCCCCAACUCUACAAGACCCCCCCCAUGGAGGCUGGGGAGGAAAAAAGGGCUCCACCCAGCUUUGCAGCUCCAGUCCUUCUGGUUUGUACACGGUCUUCUUGCCUGAGCUCCCGUCUCACUCACAUGCAUGCAAGUGUGCGUGUGCAAGGGGGUCCUCCUGCCACUCAUUGCUCCUCAACCCUGUUGCACUUUAGGGUCUUCCAGCCAGAGGCUCCCCUCAAGCCAGGAUUAAAGUGAGCCCUGGAGAACAGCUGCAGGGGUGGGGGGCAUUUGAAGGUCCUCCCAUUGGGACCCCCUGGUUAGCACUCGCCAAAUGCUCUGCAUUGCCCCAGAGCCCCCCCAGGGAUUCCUCACAGGAGCACUGCUGCCCCCUCAGAUGCCUCGUCCUCCUCCAGCGUAGGGAAGAGCGGAGGGGUUUGGUGGGUUCUGCUUCUGUCCCCCCAUUUCUGGUGCCUCACCUGAUACCAAAACAUGUGCGUUGGAGCCCCUCAGGACAGCCCCCUCCCCCCAGAGCAGGAAAACUGUGGAGCUUUUAACCAAUGUGAAUAGUUCUCCAAAAGCAGAACGUGCUGCCCCUCCAGGGAGGCUGUAUAUAUAUAUUCUGUAUAUAGCACAGGACGUGUAUUUUUCAAGUAGUCCUAUUUGGGUGAGAAGAACUGAGAGGAAGCGGGGUGGGGUGCGCAGGAGUGCUUGGGAGGUCCCAGGAUUCUCCAGCAUCUUCACUGGGCUGGGCGGGGCAGGGCGGGGGGUUUCCUUUCCGACAGCUCCCUGGCCAGAGCAAGACCUGCUGCUCCAGCAUCCAGGAUGCCUCCGAAAGCUGUUCCCUGGAGAACGGGCUGCGGCCGAAGGGCAGGGUCUCUCCCUGGCGCACAGAAGUGCCCGCUUCUUCUCAGGGGAAAUGGCAGCCCCCUCCCUGUUUGGCAGAGCUGAGCUUCCUUCGGAGCCUCCCCUCCCCAGCCCUCUAAGCAGCUGGGCUUUACCUCCUCCCCAGACAAUGAGCAACCCCACAGCUGAGGGCAAACCAGUGGAGAGUGAGGGUUGGUGCUUCACGCUUGGAGGAAGGCACACUCGCUCGCUCUCCCUCUGUCUCACACCCCCACCCACAAAGCUCACGCUUCCCUCCAAGAGCAGGGUCCUCCCAUUUGGGACCCCCUGGUUAGCACUUUCCCAGGGAUGUACCAGGCUGCUGGCACACCCCAUGGAAGGAAGAUGGGCUUCUUGCUUGCUGGCAAUGCCCAGCCUACCUCUGGCAGUUCCAGGGCUGGGAGGGGGCCAGAUGCUGUCUCCUUGACCAUUGCUGCCUCUCUGUUCCCCCCGAGCAUCUAACCUCCCGGCACCUGACCUCCUGUUCCGGAGACGCCGAGGCUAGCAGGAGCGUUGCAUGCUAGUUUACACUCCCACCCAGUCCUGGCCCUGCAUGUUUGCCCCCGUUGCCCUCUGGAGUGUCCUUCAGCUGGCCUGCCUGGGAAUAAAACGGGCACCCCCUGACAGAAGCAGGAGGAGGGAUCUGCAGGGAAGUCAAGGGCCUCCUUGGUGCUCCCGAACAGCAGCAAGGAAGAGGAAGGAGCAUCAGCCUCGGACACUUUCUCACCCGGAUCUGCAGCCCACCGUACUAUUGCUGCAUCACUGGGCUUCUGAGCUCCCCACGUCUCCCUUUUAAGGCGGAGGCAACUGGGGGGCUGGCAGGCUCUGGAGGGUAGCCCUCAAGCGGUCUGGCAUCCUGCAGGGGAAGGAGCAGAGGCAGGCCCACGGCUGCGUUGAUUACACACACUUCUUUCCGUGCUCCACGUGCAAUAUCUUUGUUAUGAAUGUGACACCAGUCAGCUCAUGAAGUACCUUUAUAAUCCGUCACUGUAGCUAAUCUGUUUUAUGUCCAUCCAAGUGACUCUGAUUCACGUGCAGCCUUGCCGUAGCCGUUGUGAGCUUUUCCACAGGCCUUGUGUUCGAGGGAGCACAUGUGCAGCGCAGCGCCGAUCCAUUUACCCUUUGUAAAUACCCUCGGUUGUAAAUCCAAAGGAACGUGCAUUGGGCUUGCAUUUACUUUCUGCGAGUGUUUGCGUGGCCGGUGCUGUUAGAUAUCCACGGGUUAUGGCCCUUCUUUGCUCGUGUUGAUGCUUAUACCGUAUAUUUUGUUUUUUAGACUUCUGUCUGCAGAAAAUGCAAUAAAAG